UGAAAAAGCGAUGGCGGUCUGUUGCAAACAGAUAAAUUUUGCACAAACGUAAAUUUGCAAAUCGGGCAGGAAAGAAAGAACAUUAUCUUUUCAACGCCAUUGAAAAGAUAUCGAAGGCAUAUUGGACAUGUCCAUGCAAAUUGGAAGCUAGUUUUAAACCGGUAAUUAAAAUGUAAGGCAAAAAUUUCGUGUAAACGUUUGUUAUUGUAUAUUUCGGUUGCGGCAUAUAAAUACGUUUUAGGAAAUAAGUAGUGACAUUACGGGUACUCAUAUGAAAAUUUGCUUAAAAGUGUAUGUGUGCGUGCAUCGGGAGUUGCUAGUAAAUCUUAUGUGUGAUAAAGUAAAGUAAAAACAGUUGGUAGAGUUAUAUGAAAGUAUGUGCGUAUAUGUCGAAUACAAAAAACAAGGCGUACUUAGACGGUUAAUGUAAUAAUCAAUUUUGAUCACUUUCAAAUCCUAAGAGCAAUUGGAAAAGGAAGUUUUGGAAAGGUUUGCAUAGUGCAAAAGCGCGGUAGUGGCGUUUUGUACGCGAUGAAAUAUGUCAGCCGUUCUGCUUGCGAAUCUCGCGGUGCUUUGGGUGGCGUCAUAAAAGAAGUGGAAUUGCUUGCCUCGUUGGAACAUCCGUUUUUAGUAAAUUUAUGGUUUUCAUUUCAAGAUGAAGAGGACUUAUUUAUGGUAUGCGAUUUACUAACAGGUGGUGAUUUACGAUACCAUUUACAAAAUCGGGUGGAGUUUUCCGAAGAAAGUGUGGCUUUAUUAGUUUGCGAACUGGGUAGUGCUUUAGACUAUUUGCAAAAUCAACGGGUAGUUCAUAGAGACGUUAAACCGGAUAACAUUUUACUGGAUAGCUGUGGUCAUGCACAUUUAACCGAUUUUAAUAUAGCAACGCGUUUGGCAAAAGAUGGCCUAGCGUGCAGUAUGUCGGGUACGAAGCCAUAUAUGGCACCUGAGGUUUUCAUGUGUGCUCUAGACGAACUUGCGGGUUACACUUUUCCUGUCGAUUGGUGGUCACUUGGCGUCGUAGCUUAUGAAAUGCGUGCCAAUAUACGACCAUUUCCUAUACACUCGAAUACGGCUAUGGUAGAAGUUAAAAAUAUAUUAUACACGCCCGUGUAUUAUCCCAGAUAUUGGAGUCUCGAUUUUGUCGAUUUACUCUCCAAGCUGCUAUGCGUACAUCCAGGAGCUCGUAUGAGUUCGCAACACGAGUUGCAACAAACGCCUUUAUUGCGACAUAUCGAUUUUAGUAAGGUAUUAACGAAACAGAUAAAACCAUCAUUUAAACCGCCUGAAGAUCAUCUUAAUUGUGAUCCAUGCCUCGAACUGGAAGAAAUGAUUAUCGAAACCCGCCCAUUACAUAAAAAGAAAAAACGUUUGGCUAAACAACGAUCCGCACAAAAGGACAGUGAUCCUGAACGCGUUUGGAUUAAAGAGUAUAUUGCGUACAAUCGUUUCAAGGAACUGAAACGAAAAGAUAUGGAACGAAAGGAAACUGAAUGGGAACGUGAACUACAAGAAGCAAUGGCGAAUUCGGUUGUCACUUCAUUAACAUCAAUAGCAGGACCCAAUGCUUCUCCGCCUAAUCAGGAACUUCCCAAAUGCAAUACAAAUGCAGAAACAGUCAAUUCAUCAAAUGCUGCGAAGAGUAAAACUCCAACUAAGACUAAUACCUCCCGCUUCCGUUUUGAUUUAAAUAUAUGUACAAAGGAUGCAUGCAACUAAAAUAAAACCAUAGAAAAUAUAUAGGGACUGCAUCAUGAAUGGUUUCAAAAUCAAUUUGUUUUUUUUUAUUUCAAAAUUUUAUUUAAUACUUUUUCACACAAACUUAAAUACAAAAAUAAUAAUACUCUCUUGAAAAUGUGUUCAACUAUUACUGAUACAUAGUUUUAGGUACAUAAACCGUUUUUCAACACAACAAAAUUAUUUAAUUACAUAAUCGUUAAAUUAAUUGCUUUUUUUCACUCUUGGAAAAAAUGUUUACAAAAAAAAUGAUUUAAUUUUACUUCAUCCUUUAAAUUAAUUACCAUGAGAGCAGACAUAGCAGCGUAACAAAAAAAAAAAAAAUAAAAAAUAAAAAUAAAAGAUUAUACAAAUCUUCAAACAUCUUAAAUAUUUUUACGUAACUUUAUAAGCUACCAAAUGUGCUUAGUAUUAAACAUAAAUUUUAUUUAAGG